AUGACGCGUAAACCCGGCAAAGUCGUGGUUAUUCCCUCUACACGUGCCAUCUGGCCCGGAAACGGCGGUUACAUCACCCAGUAUGACGAUGACACCACAUCCAAUAUUUUGAUGGAGGCCAGGCUCUUCAUCAGCAAUACCGCCCCGCCUCAUCACGCCUCAGCUCCUUUGGUGGGACUCGAACCGUAA